AUGAUACGACGGGUCGAACAUGGUGAGAAGAAAUCGUCCGUAGCACAUGCAUUCGGCAUUCCCCGAGGCACGUUGAGUACAAUUCUCAAGAACAAGGCCGGGAUAAAAGUGAAGGGACCGGAACAGAAUCGUUCCGGAGCUUGCCGUGUACAUGCUCCAGCCUACGAUAAAGUCGAAAAAGCUUUGUACAGUUGGUUUUUGGACACCCGCUUGAGGAACAUUCCAGUGGACAGCCGAAUGUUCAUGGAAAAAGCAAAAUGUUUCGCCAUGAUGUUCGAAGAGCACAACUUUUGUGGUGGUUCCGGCUGGCUGCAGCGCUUCAAGUACCGGUAUGAAAUUGUCGGAAAAGCUGUGUCUGGCGAAAGUGAGUGCGCCAACAAUGGUGAUAUAGAGAACUGGCUGGCAGAAGAGUGGCCAGAAAUUUGUGCAGCAUUUUCUCCGGCAGACAUCUUCAAUGCUGAUGAGACAGCACUCUUCUGGCAAAUGCUUCCCAACAAGACACUGGAUUUACGGGGCAGCACGUGCCACAGAGGGAAAAUGAGCAAGGUGCGUGUCUCCAUCCUCCUUGCUGCAAAUAUGGACGGAUCAGUGAAGCUACCGCUGUUUGUGAUUGGCAAAAGACUAGUUGCGGCCGCCGAGAAUGUGUGUGCUGUGACGGAGGACGAUGAUGCAAAUUGUUUGGACGCGACGCUUCGAGAACUCUCGGUGUUUCCGGGCGUCACUCCCCCGUCUGUGAGUGCGACAGACAACGCCAGUGUCGACGAUGCUGUGGAAGCUGUGGCAGAACUCACUGAUGCAGACAUCGUGGCCGACAUUGCCGGUGCCGAUGAAGGGGACAGCACCGACGACGAAGAACCACAACCAUAG